CAGCCGUGCAGCCAUUAGCCUUCACGUGUAGUGCUGCGUUAUGCAAACACUGGACUUCCUGCACCGCUGCGUUAAACGCUGAACAAACGCUGAACAUCACAGGGUGGAGAAAUGAAAGCCAAACUGACGAAGUCAGUGGAUGCAUCUGAAUCAAAGAAUAAAGUGAAGAAGAACUCUGGUCCAAGUCUCGCCAAAAAACUACGAGACAAAAAAGAUGGAGAAACAUCCAAACAAGAGUCUCCCCCCAAGUCUGCAGGAAUCCGGAAGAGAGGAGGGUAUGGGAGCAUCCUGCACUACAUUUACAAGAGCACUCUGGGACAAAGUCUUCACUCACAGAUGAGACAGUGUCUUCAGGAGCCUUUUGUCCGCUCGUUAUCAUCGUAUCAUUUCCACUCUGCCAGCAGCCCCUUCAACCGCAGAAUUACCUGUCUGGAGUGGCAUCCCACUCAUCCCACUACUAUGGCCGUGGGCUCAAAGGGUGGUGACAUAUUUCUGUGGGACUAUGAGGUGCCUGAGAAGAAAACCUUUAUUGAAGGGAGCGGAGCAGGAGACUUUAUCGGAGGGAUGAAGUUCUGCCCGACGGAUCUUUCCAGAGUCUAUGUGGCUUCUGGCGAGGGCACAUUGACCAUGCAGAGCUUUGAGGGCCGCACACCCACCGUUGUGUCCAGAACACAAGACUGUGGCCACGAUCACCACAAUGUUUGCUACUGGUACUGCUGUCUCGACGUGUCUGUGAGUCGACAGAUGCUUGUAACAGGAGACAAUGUGGGACAGCUCGUACUCCUGGGUUUGGAUGGCCAAAAGAUUUUCAGUGACAAGUUGCACAAAGCCAAAGUGACCCACGCAGAGUUCAACCCCCGCUGUGACUGGUUGUUGGCGACGGCCUCGGUCGACCACACGGUGAAACUUUGGGACCUGAGAAACAUCAAAGACAAGAAGAGCUUCCUCCACGAGAUGCCUCAUGAGAAAGCCGUCAACUCAGCCUAUUUCAACCCACUGGACUGCUCCAAGCUGCUCACCACAGAUCAGUAUGACCAGAUCCGCGUCUACUCGUCCUCUGAUUGGUCGAAGCCUCAACAUAUCAUCCAGCAUCCACACAGACAGUUUCAGCAUCUCACACCCAUCAAGGCCACAUGGCACCCUGUCUAUGACCUCAUCAUGGCGGGCCGCUACCCUGAUGACCGAGUUUGCCCCGGAGAUCAGAGGACCAUCGACAUCUUUGAUUCCAACACAGCAGAGCUUGUGUGUCAGCUGCAGGAUCCCACCGUGUCAGGGAUUAAAUCUGUCAACAAAUUCAGUCCAUUGGGUGAUGUGAUUGGAUCUGGAAUGGGUGUGACAGUGCUGGUGUGGGAUAGAAACGAGUGGUUGAUAAACGAUGGGCACAAAGAGUCGGAGAAAGCCUCGACCUCAGUGGACAGUUUACAAGGCCAGAGGAGGAAUCGGCAGCAGCGCCCCAGCAGGGACAAGAGAGGUCCUGCUUUGGAUGCAAAGCUCAAGAAGAAACUGGCUUCUCUGGAGGAACCAGAGACCCAAACCAAGACAAAGACGAGUAGUACUAAAAAAAACAAGCAGAUAUGAGGAAGAUGUAAACUAUAUGAGCGUUCCCCAUUUGGUAAGAUUUCGCUGCAGGGUUCUCCAUCUGAAAAGAGUUUGGUUAAGACUAAAAUUCUGUAGUUGUCACAGUUGAGGUGAUGACCGAGGAGGAAGUAAAAGCUAUGAUCAGUCUUAUGCCUCUGAUGCUGUGUUCACACUAUGAGCAACAUGGCAACAGCAUGAGCAGCUACAGUCGCUGUUAAAGUGCUGCGCAAAUGCUCCUUAUUACAGUUAUGAUGAGCUUGUGUGUGUCUGCUACUUGCCACAAAGCAAUUUGACUGAACGCCAUCUAAAGUUUGUAUUUGGUCAAAACAAUCUAUACAUUUGAUAAAUGUCAGAGCCUGUUAGACAUCACAUUUCGCUGCCCGUUGUGUCCCUGUGUGCACAGCGAUGCAUAUAAAGUUAGCAUAGUGUCACUGCUAGAAAACAGCCACAUAUGACUGGUUGGCGCUUCACCGCGUUAUUGGAGCGCUUAAAAGAAGUUGAGGCCAGCUCAGCUUUUAGCGACAAGUGCUGCCAGUCAGUUUGUAGCUUCUUGUCGGCAGCUUCCACUGAAAAUGACUUGUGGCCUGUUGCUGCAUCGCUGGUAGUGUGAACACAGCCUUUCUCACAUUGGGCUCAAUUCUAUAGUAAAGUAAUUAGUAAAAAAUACACUAAUCUCCAGUUUUCUGGGGACCUCCUGGAACUCCUCUCCCCAGAGAUAUGUUUGCAAAUCACCAAACUGUAUAAAAGCAUGGAUGUUAAAAAUCCAUGCAUAUAUUCCUUUAUUAGUGUUCGUUCUGUCUUUAACUUCAGGGAUUGUUUGAAUGUUUAAAAAAUGUUUCUGAUGUUGUUUUAUAAACCAGUUAAAAACUGGAACUCUUGUACGUUCUCACAAGUCUUUUUCCACUGUACUAUAAUAAAAAAUUAUGUUUCAUACAUGA